AUGCCGUCUCAGUUUAUCCUUGAGCAGGCGGAGCUUCUGCACCGCACCAAAGACGCGAAGCCCGUGCUAGACAAUUUGCGGAACAAGUACGCACUCUCGUCGUUCCCGUCGCAAAUGAGCCGCGUGAAGGUCGAGUGGUGCAAGUUUGGAGAACGCCACGAACAGUUCUACACUAUCAUGGACCAAGCGUACAGGACGGCGUGCGCUGCCGAUAACACGUACCCGAGGAGAGCGGUCAAGGAACUCCGGAAGUACAUGAAAGACGACAUGAUAACACAGAUGAAGAAGUGGCGAGCGGCAAAAUCGCCAGCAGGUCUGACGGGGGACGGAAAACUCGACGACCUCGUGUGCAAAGUACAGCUGCUCCCGGACUACAUGAAGGAGUAUCGCCUGACCGAGACCGAUCGCACGAGUUCGUCCGAACUGUCAAAGAAGAGCCUCGAAACCAGGUCGAUGGAUUGUGUCGAGAUUCCAGACGCUGAUGAAGUGGUGCAGCGAUGCACCGAGAAAAUCAAAGCGAAUACCGAGUGUCCGUUCAUGCUGGCGGCGUGCAUCAGUCUUGUCUGUGGGCGUCGGUCGAUCGAGAUUUUGAAAACGGGCGAGUUCUCAGAAGGAACCGAUGCUCGCGGGCCUUACUCGUGCUUCUUCACCGGAGCGGCCAAAAAGAAAGUUGUGUGCAAGGACAAGUGCGAAAUCCCGCUCUUGGUCAAAUACAAGUACUUGAAACACUCGCUGAGGCGCGUGAGAGAAAAGAUUCCCUGCGAGAACUUGACCAAUCAGGAAAUAAAUAGUAAAUACUCGCACAAGCUAGGGGACGCCGCUAAAAUUCUCACGGAGAACAUGAGAGUCAGGUUUCAUGACCUCCGUGGCCUUUACGGCAUGAUUUCACACAGAACGUUCAAGAACAGCUGUUCAAUUAAUAUUUGGCUCACCAAAACACUACUGCACGAGGCCCUCGACACUUCGAUUUUUUACUCUAGAUUCAGGAUCGAUAAAUGCUCGACCAAUAGGGGCGAAUGGACCUUCUAG